CAGCUGAAAAAACAUAUUGAUCCGGUGCAGCUGUCGCGGUUCCGCUGGGCCUGUGGUUGUCGCGGUUCCGGGAUGGCGGGGCCGCUGCUGGACUUUGAGACCGAGAUGUUCCUGAACCUGUUCGGCUCGGACGGGCUGCUGGUGGCGGCGGAGGGGAUGGGCAUCGACCGCAUCCUGGUCCAGUUCAUGCGCGUUUACUCGGAGCGGGACAGUCUGGUUCUUCUGCUCAACACCACCACCCCGGAACAGGAAUAUUUCACCGAGCUGUUGCGCGUGGAGGGCGUGACCCACCUACCGAGGACCGUAACCAGUGACGUGCACAGCGCCGAGCGGUAUAACGUUUACACCGAGGGAGGGGUUCUGUUUGUCACCAGCAGAAUCCUGGUGGUUGAUUUCCUCACUGACCGCAUCCCGGCUCACCUCGUAACAGGUAUCCUGGUGUACCGCGCCCAUAAAAUCAUCGAGUCGUGUCAGGAGGCUUUCAUCCUUCGUCUUUUCAGGCAGAAGAAUAAAACGGGCUUCAUUAAGGCCUUCACUGACAAGGCCACGGCAUUCUCCUCAGGGUUCUGCCAGGUGGAGCGCGUGAUGAGGAACCUGUUCGUCAAGAAGCUCUACCUGUGGCCCAGGUUCCAGGCCUCUGUGAACGCGGCACUGGAUCGGCACAAACCGGAGGUGGUGGAGCUCCACGUGUCUCUGACGCCGGCUAUGAGGGCCAUCCAGAGCUCCAUACUGGACAUCAUGAGCGCCUGCCUGAAGGAGCUUAAACGCUACAACCCCACCCUGGAGGCUGAGGACCUCUCGCUGGAGAACACGCUCGGCAACGCUUUCGAAAAGACAAUCCGUCACUAUCUGGACCCUCUGUGGCACCAGCUGGGUGCCAAGACCAAAGCGCUGGUGCAGGACCUGAAGGUGCUGAGAGUGCUGCUGCUGUACCUGACACAGUAUGAUUGCGUCACCUUCCUCAAUCUGCUGGAGUCGCUGCGUUCCAGCCAGAAGGUCUUCGGCUCCAAUUCAGGGUGGCUGUUUCUGGACUCCAGUACCUCCAUGUUUGUGAACGCCAGGCGCCGAGUGUACCGCGUCCCGGAGAGCAAGAAGAAGCUGAAAGCAGGAGCCGAAGCUGAGAAGCCAGAAUCAUCAGAGGUGAGGCGGGAGCUGGUGCUGGAGAAGAGCCCAAAGUGGGAGGCGCUGACCGAGGUGCUGGAGGAGAUCGAGAAGGAGAAUACGAGCUCUCAGCACAAACCCGGUCACGUGCUCAUCUGUGCCAGUGACGACCGGACUUGUGCUCAGCUGCAGCAGUACAUCAGACGUGGCUCUGACUGGCUGCUCAACCGGCUCUACAGCCGCACCGUCUGCAAGCGGGAUCCCGUGGCUGACGCCGCCUUCGAGCUUGACUCGAACAGAAAGGGCAAGCGACAUCCUGACAAAAGAGCUAAGGGAAAGCAGCCUGUAUCAAAGACGGGCAAAAAACCUGCAAAGAGUAAAAGCAGACCUUCUCUGACCCUGACGCAGAUGAUGGGGAAAGAGGAGACGCAGGAAGCAGCGGCGAUGGGCAGCAGUGGAGAUGGCGAUAAUGAAGAAGAUGAUAUGAUGGAAGAAGGUGAAGAAGAACUGAAGUUGGAUUUGUCUUCUGAUGACUACUACGGCGUCCUAAAGGACCCGCUGACUGUUAUUCACCCUCUGAAGGGCUGCACUGACCCCCACAGUCUGACCCGUGUACUGCAUGAGGUGGAGCCCAGUUUCGUUGUGCUAUAUGACGCUGAAAUCAGUUUUGUUCGCCAACUGGAAAUCUAUAAGGCCACCCUGCCUGGAAAGCCUCUCAGAGUUUAUUUCCUCAUCUACGGAGGUUCGACAGAAGAACAAAAGUACCUGACUGCUCUGUCUAAAGAGAAGAAAGCUUUUGAACAUCUGAUCAGGGAAAAAGCCACCAUGGUCAUCCCGGAGGAGAGGGAGGGGCGGGAAGACACCAACUUGGACCUUGCUAGGAAUUUAGAUCCCGCCAAUGCCACCACCAACACCAGAAAAGCAGGGGGACAAGAGCAGCCCAAAGAACCUUCACGAGUCAUUGUGGACAUGCGCGAGUUCCGCAGUGAACUGCCCUCGUUGCUCCACCGCCGUGGGUUGGACAUCGAUCCCAUCACCCUUGAAGUCGGCGACUACAUCUUGACUCCGGACAUAUGUGUGGAACGCAAGAGCGUCAGCGAUUUGAUUAGCUCACUGCAGAGUGGCCGCCUGUACACCCAGUGCCUGUCUAUGACCCGAUACUACAGGAAACCCGUGCUGUUGAUCGAGUUCGACCCGGCUAAACCCUUCUCUUUGAUCGCCCGUUCCAGUUUCCACCAAGAGAUUUCAUCCAAUGACAUUACAUCAAAGCUAACCUUACUCACGCUGCAUUUCCCACGGCUCCGCAUACUGUGGUGCCCCUCACCGCACGCCACAGCCGAGCUCUUCCUCGAGCUGAAGCGUGGUCGACCUGAACCCGACGCUGCGGCGGCUCAGGCCGUCACAGCUGAGUCAGACGUGGUGGCUGAAUUCUCAGAUCUCUACAACCCCAGCCCAUAUGACUUCCUGUUAAAAAUGCCUGGAGUCAGUACGAAAAAUUACAAGGCCCUGAUAAAAAACGCAGACAGCCUGGCAGAUCUGGUCAAACUGAGCCAGGAAAAACUUACAGAACUACUCGGGAAUGCAACUAAUGCAAAGUUACUUUAUGAAUUUCUGCAUAAUAUUGCUGAUGUGUCUGCUGCUGUGCAGAAAACGAAAUGGACAUGAACAUCGGCAGCAGAAGCUUUGACUGUGGGGGGGAUUUGAAUGAAUAACAAAAACUGGUCACUGGACUGAGUAAAACUUUUAAUAUUAUACAAAAUGUAAUAGUAAAUAAAGUAAAAAUUUUGAUUUUGUCUCUUUUUUUUUGUUGUUUUGUUUCAAUGAGUUGUUUUACGGUUUGUUUGUUUUUUUUACCACUUAUUUGAAUAUUAUGAUUAUUAAUUAAUUCACUUGGUUUCUUUUGUCUGUUAAAGCUGAAAUGUGUAGCAUAAAUGUACAGAAUGAGCAACCAUUUUGUAUUGUAGUUUUACAGCCAUAAUAUUUGAAUUAUGAAAUAAUUUGUAAAGUGUAUAUUUUUACACCAUGGGGAUAUAUAUAUAUAUAAAA